GGUGCAGCUCCAGGUUGGGAUACCACGUUGGGGACUUCGCGUGGGUUGCAUUGGAAGAGUGUUUGAAAAGAAAAUGCCAGUUACUAGGAUGCUGAGGCAGGUAGUGGGCCCAGAGCUACUGCGCCCAGCUUGUGGCUGUUUGACAUCUGUCUUGCCAGUCCGGUUUCUGGGCUCCUCCCCUCAGCAAAUUAUAGCAGAUGCCAACUUCCACUCUGCAUCUUCCUCUGAAACAGACCAUCCACGAGUCUUAAUUACAGGAGGUCUUGGCCAGUUAGGAGUGGGGCUUGCUAACCUUUUGAGGAAACGAUUUGGGAAGGACAAUGUGAUUUUGUCCGACAUAAGGAAGCCUCCCAAUCAUGUCUUCCAUAGCGGCCCAUUUAUUUAUUCUGAUAUCUUGGAUUACAAGAGUCUUCGGGAGAUUGUGGUGAACAACCGCAUCACCUGGCUGUUUCAUUAUAGUGCUUUGCUCAGUGCGGUUGGAGAAGCAAACGUGUCCCUGGCGAGAGCUGUGAAUAUAACUGGAUUGCAUAAUAUUCUGGAUGUUGCAGCAGAGCACAGUGUGCGGCUGUUCGUGCCCAGUACGAUUGGGGCUUUUGGACCUACCUCUCCCCGGAAUCCGACCCCUGAUCUCUGCAUUCAGAGACCCAGGACCAUCUAUGGGGUGUCCAAGGUCCAUGCGGAGCUCAUGGGAGAAUAUUAUCAUUAUCGGUAUGGGUUAGAUUUCCGAUGCCUGAGAUACCCUGGAAUCAUUUCAGCUGACUCCCAACCGGGAGGAGGAACAACUGACUACGCAGUCCAGAUCUUCCAUGAUGCGGCAAAGCAUGGCAAAUUCAAGUGCAACCUGGACUCCAGCACAAGGCUCCCAAUGAUGUACAUUGACGACUGCCUCCGGGCCACCCUGGAGGUCAUGGAGGCCCCGGCCAAGUCUCUGUCCAGGAGGACCUACAACAUCAGUGCCAUGAGCUUCACCCCUCAGGAGCUGGCCCUGGAGCUUCUCAAGCACAUCCCGGAAUUCCAGAUCACAUACAAUGUGGAUGCUGUUCGCCAGGCCAUAGCGGAUGGUUGGCCGAUGAACUUGGAUGACAGCAACGCUCGAAAGGACUGGGGAUGGAAACACGAUUUUGACCUCCCAGAGUUGGUGACCACAAUGUUGAACUUCUAUGGCUCCAACACCAGAGUGGCCCGGGCCAACUGAAGGAUGUGAGGGAGAAGUUCUUGUACCCUGGACCGCUGUUGAGGACUGUCACCCCUGAGGAUAGAGACCCCAAGGAGCCUUCGUUAUUUGGAGUUGACUAAUUGGGCCAAAUUUUGGCAGCUCCUGUUGAACUUCCCUGCCAGGUGGUGGAUGGAGUUACUUUUAAGCAUCUUCAAAAUGUUUAUAGGUUUGGUGGGAGGACUUCUCAGUCUUUGCUGUUUGCCUAAAUUUGUCUGAACACAUAUUCCACAGUGUGAAGAUUAAAUCAUACUUAGUUUCCAUGUCCUUAAUUAGGAUGAAGUGACCAUUUCUAGGAAGGUGGACGUAUGUAACAUUUGUACUUAAUUAAAUUCAAUUUAAAUAUCA